UAUGCCUGAUUUCCACGGUGGAUCUCUAAAUGGUGCAGUUAUGAAGAUUUGCAGGUUGCCGGUGCGUUGGGGCACACAGCAGGCAAAGCUGCCUGACUUGAAAAGGAUCUCUGGGACUUGGAUAAAUACAGAUUGUCCAGCAAAGGUCACCCAAACAUUUUGUUCCAACAAGUCAGUUCAUGAAAAGUAUAGAACACUAAAUCUGGUUCAUGAAUCUCUCUCAGCCACCAUUUUCUUAAUCAUGGCAUGUUGCGUAAGCUAGAGAUGCUGGGUUCAUACAUUGCACCGAACCACAGACAAGCAAACCAGUCCUUGCUGUGUGUGAUGUGCCCCAUGUUAAAGAGUCAUCUAACCAUCUUCUCCUUUGUUGAGCUUGGUGUAUGGUUUGUCAUCAAUAUCUGCAGAGGAGUACGUAAUAGCCUUGAAGAAGAUAUGCGGUGGCUGUUAGGAAAACAUCAGCUUAGCCCAGAAAGGCAGGAAGGGGUGAGAAAGAAACUCAAGGUUGCCCUCCCUUGAUUCUCUUUAGUAUAAGACGGGGAGAAGGAGACUCUCUUUCAGACAUUCAAGAUUCUGUUGUUGUACCCUGUAACAAUACAGUUCCAGUAGUUCUUGUGGUGUCUAUUUCCUGACCUGGCCUACUUCAAAGGGCUGAAAGUAUCCUGUCCCAAUUCUCUUCUGCGGCUGCCUCCUCCUCCUCCUCCCCCCCAUCAUUUUUGCUCUUCUUGAUACCAACCCCAGUAGAUUUAGUAGGACUCUGGGGAAUCCUGCCCAUAUUCUCCUGGACACCCAUCAGCUGGGAGCUGAGAGGCGUUGGUCCAUUUCUAUUGGCAGCAGAGAAGCAUCCAUUUGGAACAGAAUUAAGGGAGGGUCACAUGGUUCACACCUUUGCACUGAAAGGAAAUAUCUGUUCUUGUACUUAAGACCCUUUUUUUUAUUGUAAGCUGUUAUAUUUGCUACUGAAAAAAGGAAGGUGUAUCUCCAUAACACUUUUUAAAAAAUAUUGCAUUUCUCUGACAUCGUUGGCAUCAGGUGCGAUUGCUCCAUCUGAGCGCGGCCUGUGAAAUUGAAGCAUCCUGAAGUAUGUUCAGCACUAGACUGAUGGAAGCCAAGUGUGUGUAGAUCAAGCAUUGUAGAAAUAACUUUUCCAGAGCUCUUCUUAGGGAGGAUGAGCUGUUGCACCAGAAUUCAUGAUUCCCUCCUGUCCAUUCCUCCCGUGGGACUGGGGCAACUUCUGUGUGGGUCCUGCCUGCUUUUCACCUUGCCUGUUUUAUUUGUCCACCAUAGGCCAAUGAGGUGACCGACAGUGCAUAUAUGGGCUCAGAGAGCACCUACAGCGAGUGUGAGACCUUCACAGACGAGGACACCAGCACGCUGGUCCAUCAUGAGAUGCACGAUGAAGUUGAAACAGACAGCGCCGUCGAUUCCACAGUGCAUUCGGAAUUCAUGGAGCCGGAGGAAACGGAGAAUGGAUCUCACCCUCAUGACUUGUCCUUGACCACCGAUGUCAACAGCCACUCGAUUGUCACUGUAAUCAGUGGGGAGGAGCAUUUUGAGGACUAUGGAGAAGGGAAUGAAGGGGACCUCUUCUCAGACAGCUUGUGCAAUGGAGAAAGUGGCUUCAGUAGCUCGUCUUUCCUUUCUCCCAGCCCGAAUAAGAGACUCUCCAGCAAAAAGGUAGCAAGACACCUGCAUCAGACAGGAACCUUUUCGGUGGAUAACAUGGAACAACCUUUCCGGAAGAGCCUGGAGUGUCUGGAAGAGGAUAUCACUGAUAAGGUGAUCUUCUUGGAGAAAAGAGUGACGGAGCUGGAAAAGGACACCGUUGCAAAUGGGGAGCAGCAGAGCCGGUUAAAGCAAGAAAACCUUCAGCUGGUGCACAGAGCAAAUGCCUUGGAAGAGCAGCUGAAAGAACAAGAGGUAAAAUCUGAUGAAGUUCUUAUGGAAGAAAUCCGGAAACAGAGAGAUCUGCUCAGCAGGAUGGAGCGGGAAAAGAGCAUAGAAAUUGAAAACUUACAAGCCCGGUUGCAUCAACUGGACGAUGAAAAUGGAGAACUUCGGUCCUGUGUCCCUUGCCUCAAAGCCAAUAUUGAGAGGCUGGAGGAGGAGAAGCAGAAGUUGUUGGAUGAAAUCGAAGAUCUCACAGUUCAGCUCACUGAGGAGCAGGAGAACAAGAGAAGGCUGGGGGAAAAGUUGAACCACGAGAGACACCAGUUUCAGAAGGAUAAAGAGUCCACGCAGGAGCUGAUUGAGGACCUCAGGAAGCAGCUGGAACACCUCCAGCUCUUCAAGCUGGAAGCUGAGCAGCGAAGAGGCAGGAGCAGCAGCACCGGCCUCCAGGAAUACAACAGCCGGACACGGGAGAAUGAGUUGGAGCAAGAGAUCAGACGGCUCAAGCAGGACAACCGAAACUUGAAGGAGCAGAAUGAUGAGCUGAACGGGCAGAUCAUAAACCUCAGUAUUCAAGGUGCCAAGAAUCUCUUCUCUGCUUCCUUCUCUGAAUCUCUGGCUGCGGAAAUCAGCUCGGUCUCCAGAGACGAGCUCAUGGAGGCAAUCCAGAAGCAAGAAGAGAUCAACUUCCGACUCCAAGACUACAUUGACCGAAUCAUUGUGGCCAUCAUGGAAACCAACCCAUCCAUCCUGGAAGUCAAGUAGGAGGCUUAGAGCCGAAAACAGACAGACCCAGCGACACGCAGGCGCAGGGGAUUUGCUCCUUGGAAGAAGGGAAUACUGGCCAAGUCUUCACUCUACGGAGAAGGCACAGGAAACCUCACGUUGGAGUGGUUGGGUGACGGAUCGCAGCGAACCUGGGGUGGAGAAGAGAGAGAAAGAGAGGACCAGCCGUUGGGCACGGCUGUACUGACUCUAAUGGGUUUUGGAACCCUCUGGCUGGUGGGAAUGGGGCUAGGGGUGGCAGAAGGAAAUCUGGAACAAAAGAAAGCGAGUCACAGAACAACUUGGGAGAGAGUUGGGUGGUGGGGGUGAGCAUACGCCCGCCCUCUGUUGCAGGAGUGUAGCAGAAUCUGGGCUGCCAGUGGAAAUGGUCUUCUUGGAAACUCGUCCUGUCCACAGGCAACCGAUGCAGGCUUGUGCUGGAUCCCUCGGCACCUGGAAGGGGUAACACAGCAGUACAAGGAAAAUGCUCCCAAAUCCCUCCCUGGGCCUGCCUUCCCCCAUCCCUCUGUUCACUCAUCUGUCCUUGAUCACCAGCCCUCCGAUCACUCUCCCUUUUGGAAGCUGUCUGUGUUCUUUGGCCUGGCCCGUGGGCUGCCUUGAACUGCCUGGUUCUGUGUCUGUUGCACCGUUCUGCAUGAGGCCCGGGGGGGAGGGUUUCGGAGCCCCUGUUCUUGGGCCAGCGGCCUUAAAACCGACGAGGAGCAGGUACUCCAGGGAGGUGAGCAAGUCCACAGAGAGGGCUUUCUGGUGGGCUGACUUAAAAGAAAGGAAGGAAGAACUAAAGCCACAGAUGUGGUCUUCUGGAUGAUUUGGUGGUGGCAACUCAGGUGAUGGAGUUGGUGGUUGGGGCCAGCUGGUGAUGGCGGUGCUGGGGGAAGAGGAGGCUCAGCUGAUGAUACUGAACGUGGAAGCAGAGCUGGCUCUUUAUCCUCCUUUGCCCGCGUGGAGCUGCAGCCGGUUCCUUCCAUGCUUCAUUUCACACCUUUUUUCAUUUGGUUUUUCGUUCGUUAAACCACUUUAAGGCAAGAAUGGCAACUGAUCUGUCUGUUAAAUAAUAAAAACAGAGAAAGAGGGAGGGAGAGAGGAGACAUUACAGAUGGAAGGAACUGAGUUGUUUGUCUGUUGGCACCAACACAUCACAUUGCUUAGAAGGACCUUUUCAACUACUAGCUGUAGUAAGACAUUGAAUUAUUGGCUUAACGUUGCAUCUAUGCUUUUGGGAAGGUGAUGAAACAGAUAUUGCACAAAAUUCUUCUGCUCUUCUCCCUUCUCCUCAGGUCAAAAUAGAUUUCUAUAUCUAUGAGACUCUGAUAAACAAGCAAUUGGGGACAAGUCAACUUUCCCUCCAAUGUAAAUUUUAUGGGAAAAGAUGAAUUUUGCCCAUACCUAAAAAGUAUGCUGUUUCCCCUGAAAAAGAAAGUUUUCCAGUGUGUUUUAAAUGUGCCCUUCAAAAUGUGUUUUAAAAGAGGCUUGCUUCUUGGGGUUCUUUUUUUUAAUGCCAAUAUUGGGGAUUUGAAAAGGGCAUCAUACACCUCUCAUGAGUGGAUCCUGCUUGACUGUUGCUGUAUUUUAGAGAGAACAUCCAGGAGCCCGAGGAGGGUGAGAUUGUGCAUUUCUCUAAAUGCUUUCUGUCUGGGUCUCCUCCACUGUCCACCUGUCUAAAGCACGCACAGAGCAACCGUGCAACUUGGACCAACCAGUCUCAUGUCUGCGUGGCCCGUGUCUGCAGAUAAUUUUCUCGGGGUGCAAGAGUUAGUGCUAAGAGCUGGUAUAGGCUAUUCCUCUGCCUUCUUUGGACUCACCAAGACUUUGAGUUUUCGCCUCCC